CUUCAAAUAAUGAUUGCCUUUACCUUCUCAAUUCUCAAUUAUUUUCCAGUCCAUUAUGAUUUAUGACCCUGAUACCGAAGAGCUGGAUUCCUGGUUAAACUUCACCCUUAAGCCUGGAACUGCAGCCUUAAGUGAAAACAGCUUUUUUUUUCCCCCACCCAAAUGUUACCUUUUUGGCCUGCCGCUCCCCUAUCCUGUGCCCCAAAAAAAUAUUUCAGCUGAGCUGGGCACAGUGGCUCACGACUGUAAUCCUGGCACUUUGGUAGACCGAUGCAGGUAGAUCACCUGAGGUCAGGAGUUCAAGACCAGCCUGGCCAACAUGGCAAAACCCUAUCUCUACUAAAAAUACAAAAACUAGCUGGGCUUGGUUGUGGGCGCUAUAAUCCCAGCUACUUGGGAGGAUAAGGUAGGAGAAUUGCUUGAACCUGGGUGGUGGAGUUUGCAGUGACCCCAGAUUGCACCAGUGCACUUCAGUCUGGGCAACAGAGCAAGACUCUGUCUCCAAAAAAAAAAAAAAAAAAAAAAAAAAAUCAGGUGGCAGAACAACACAAACAACUAAAUGUCAGGGAUACAAAUGGCUGAGUGUUGGAAAUAGACGUGGCUCAUCAUCAGAAAUACAAGUAGCUGAGUGUGAAGGAUACAAGCAUCUGAGCAGUGAGCAGAGAAGCAGCUGAGUGUUGGAGGCUAUGGACACACAUGGUAACUUCAGAUGGUGCUACUUUGGAGAAAGGGCCUGGCUGGAGAUGGCCUAGCUUCAGGGAAAGAUCACCUUCUUCCCACACCAUUCCCUUUCCAGCUCUCCAUCCUGCUGAGAACCACUUCCAUCAUGCAGUAAAAUCCCCUGCAUACACUACCCUUUAAUUUGUUCGUGUGACCUGAUUAUUCCUGGAUGCCAAACAAGAACCUGGGUGCCAAGAGGAGAGGGCAGGGGCUGCCACCCUGACCCUCCACUGAGCUGGUUGGCACUUGGCCAUCCCUGAAUGGCAGAGUUGAAGGAGCAUUAGUUGUAACAUGCCUGGACGCUGCUACAGGCCCCGCACAGAGCCUGCUCCCGCCAGAGAGGAGCAAAGGUUGCUCUGGUUCCCACACUCGCUCCCUCCUUCUUGCAAGGGGUUUGAGUGGGUGGUUGCCUUGCCGAGUAAACAAGCCACACCCCAAGCCUUGAGGGCGUCAAGGGAAUUAUCCUGUCUCAUCUCAACCUGACUUCCCUCUUCAUAGUUUUACUUUUGUAAAACCCUUGAUGAACAUCCUAUUGCCAAUUCAAGGUCUUUUUAGCGCUCAUCCUGCCAGACUGUUGAUGACGCGUCUUUGAUUUGUGCUCCUCUUUUGUGUUCUGUGUUAUGUUGAUUCCUGAGUUUUCUUCCCUUUCCUUUAUUCUCAAUCUCUUUUGCUGGUUUUCUCCCAUCACCUGCUGCGUAUGGGUUAUUUACACUUCUCUCCUUGGUCAUCUUUUCACUAUAUUUUUCCGCCCACAGCUAUUUCAUUCAUUUCUGAGACCUGAGAUUUUAUCCAUUUCUGAGGCUAUAGAGACCAGUGACUUCCUGUGACUCUUCUGAGCUUGAAAUUCCUGUUGAAUGACAAUAGAGAACGGCAGGAGCACAGCGACAGGCGGAGAGUUGGCCACCCUGAGCCGUUAUCUAAUGGACGACCCCAGGGUAACUCGAGGCAGGUGGUGGAACAAGAUGAGGAAGAAGAUGAGGAGCUGACAUUGAAAUAUGGCGCCAAGCAUGUGAUCAUGCUCUUUGUCCCUGUGACUCUCUGCAUGGUGGUGGUCGUGGCUACUAUCAAAUCAGUCAGCUUUUAUACCCGGAAGGAUGGGCAGCUAAUCUAUACCCCAUUCACAGAAGAUACCGAGACUGUGGGCCAAAGAGCCCUGCACUCAAUUCUGAAUGCUGCCAUCAUGAUCAGUGUCAUUGUUGUCAUGACUAUUCUCCUGGUGGUUCUCUAUAAAUACAGGUGCUAUAAGGUCAUCCAUGCCUGGCUUAUUAUAUCAUCUCUAUUGCUGCUGUUCUUUUUUUCAUUCAUUUACUUGGGGGAAGUGUUUAAAACCUAUAACGUUGCUGUGGACUACAUUACUGUUGCACUCCUGAUCUGGAAUUUUGGUGUGGUGGGAAUGAUUGCCAUUCACUGGAAAGGUCCACUUCGACUCCAGCAGGCAUAUCUCAUUAUGAUUAGUGCCCUCAUGGCCCUGGUGUUUAUCAAGUACCUCCCUGAAUGGACUGCAUGGCUCAUCUUGGCUGUGAUUUCAGUAUAUGAUUUAGUGGCUGUUUUGUGUCCGAAAGGUCCACUUCGUAUGCUGGUUGAAACAGCUCAGGAGAGAAAUGAAACGCUUUUUCCGGCUCUCAUUUACUCCUCAACAAUGGUGUGGUUGGUGAAUAUGGCUGAAGGAGACCCGGAAGCUCAAAGGAGGGUAUCCAAAAACUCCAAGUAUAAUGCAGAAAACACAGAAAGGGAAUCACAAGACACUGUUGCAGAGAAUGAUGAUGGCGGCUUCAGUGAGGAAUGGGAAGCCCAGAGGGACAGUCAUCUAGGGCCUCAUCGCUCUACACCUGAGUCACGGGCUGCUGUCCAGGAACUUUCCAACAGCAUCCUUGCUGGUGAAGACCCAGAGGAAAGGGGAGUAAAACUUGGAUUGGGAGAUUUCAUUUUCUACAGUGUUCUGGUUGGUAAAGCCUCAGCAACAGCCAGUGGAGACUGGAACACAACCAUAGCCUGUUUUGUAGCCAUAUUAAUUGGUUUGUGCCUUACAUUAUUACUCCUCGCCAUUUUCAAGAAAGCAUUGCCAGCUCUUCCAAUCUCUAUCACCUUUGGGCUUGUUUUCUACUUUGCCACAGAUUAUCUUGUACAGCCUUUUAUGGACCAGUUAGCAUUCCAUCAAUUUUAUAUCUAGUAUAUUUGCAGUUAGAAUCCCAUGAAUGUUUCUCCUUUGACUGUAACAAAAUCUGGGGAGUGCAAAGGUGACUUUCCUGUGUCCACAUUUAACAAAGUCAAGACUCCCGGCUGGACUUUUGCAGCUUCCUUCCAAGUUUUCCUGACCGCCUGCAGUAUUGGACAUUGGAAGGAGGUGCCUAUAGAAAACAAUUUUGAACAUACUUCAUCGCAGUGAACUGUGUCCCUCGGUGCAGAAACUACCAGAUUUGAGGGACAAGGUCAAGGAGACUUGAUGGGCCCGGAAGUUGCUGUGCUCCGUCAGCAGCUUUCCCUUGGUUGCAGGAAGAUUUCACCAAGACUGCGGACUCUCAGGACUACUAUUACCAAGAGGUUAGGUGAAGUGGUUUAAACCAAACGGAACUCUUCAUCUUAAACUACAUGUUGAAAAUCAACCCAAUAAAUCUGUAUUAACUGAAUUUGGAACUUUUCAGGAGGUACUGUGAGGAAGAGCAGGCACCAGCAGUGGAAUGGAGAGGUGGGCAGGGGCUCCAGCUUCUCUUUGACUUUUUGCUGCAGACUCAUCCUUUUCAAAUGAGACUCGUUUCCCCUCCUUUUUGAGUCAAGUCAGAUGUGUAGAUUGACUUUGGCAAUUUUUGUUCUCAAGCACUGACACUCAUUACCAUCUGUGAUUGCCAUUUCUUCCCAAGGCCAGUCUGAACCUGAGGUUGCUUUAUCCUAAAAGUGUUAACCUCAGGUUCCAAAUUUAAUACAUUUUGGAAAUCACAGAACUAUUUCCCAUCGAUUCUCUAUCAUCCUGAAGUCAAUUUUGGAUAUUCCACCAAAUUCUGAAUUUGUUGACAUACUUGUAAGUUCACUUGCCCCAGAUGCCUCCUCUGUCCUCAUUCUUCUCUCACUCCCACACAAGCAGUCCUAUUCUACAGCCAGUAAGGCAGCUCUGUUGUGGUAGCAGAUGAUCCUAUUAUUCUAGGGUUUUACUCUUUGUAUGAUGAAAAGAAUGUGUUAUGAAUCAGUGCUGUCAGCCCUGCUGUCAGACCAUUUCCAUAGCAAAUGAAAUGUAUGCCCAAAGACAGCAGAAUUAAAAGAAGAGUAAAAUGGC